AAUCGUUCCUUUGAUCUCUUCGCCAAUCCCUCGGUGCAUCUCUCUCUCUCUCUCUCUCUCUUCCAGAGGAAGCCGCUUUCCACGUCGUCUCCAUCUCUCCGUCCGGGGAAGCUCAAUUUGUACAGACAAUCAAGUUCAUUCCUUUUGUGUUCUUGCGGUCAAAGUCUGAUCUUGUAGGUAGCCUCGAUCACUUCAAACAAAUAUUUGCAUAUACUGGCAGAAGAAUAAAGACUUCAUCAAUCAACCUCAGCCAAGAGAUUACUGGAAAUGGGUUCUGAAGGGCCUUCAGUAGUAGUUGUUCACGUCACUGGAUUUAAGAAAUUUCAUGGUGUGUCUGAGAACCCCACCGAAACAAUUGUCAGAAACCUGAAAGGGUUCAUGCAAAAGAAAGAAUUGCCUGAAGGUCUUAUUCUUGGUAGCUGUAAUGUUCUUGAAACAGCAGGAGAGGGCGCACUUCCUCAACUUCUGGAAUUUUUUCAGCAUGCUGUCUCUGAGAAAGUUAAUGAAAGUUUGAACGGGAAGCAAACCAUCUUGCUUCAUCUUGGAGUUAAUAGCGGUGCUAUGGGGUUUGCUAUUGAGAAUCAAGCAGUAAAUGAAGCUACUUUUUGCUGCCAAGAUGAGAAGGGAUGGAAGCCUCAGGUUAAUAGAGUCCCAGUUGUAUCUUCUGAUGGUAGCAUUUCAACUGUUCGAGAGACUUCUCUUCCUGUCAAUGAAAUUGUUAAGGCAUUGUCAAACAUGGGAUACGAUGUUAUGCCUUCUUAUGAUGCUGGCCGAUUCGUGUGCAAUUUUGUGUACUAUCAUUCUCUCAGGUUUGCAGAACAAAAUAGAAUGAAGUCACUGUUUGUCCAUGUUCCUCUCUUCUUGUCAAUAGAUGAGGAAACCCAGAUGGAGUUUGUUGCUUCCCUCUUGAAAGUGCUUGCCUCCCUGAACUAGUGUCACCACUAUUUGAACUUUUUGACAUGCCAAACUGAUUUGAAAGUGAGGUUAAGGGAUUUGAUUUGCUGGGGUUGUUUGUCUGUGCACACCAAAAAUUCAAAGAUGAAAUCCAUAAGCGCUUGAUAGGUAUAUAAGGUUAUGGUUGUAUGUUCAUAUGGUAUGAUCUUGCUGUUAAGACAUGCCCCAUACAUUCCCUGCAAUAAAUCUUAAAGAGUUUGUUCAA